GCCUCCGGAUCCGUCGAGGGAGGGAGGAGCUCCAGGAGGGGGUGGGCGGUGCUGCCAUGCCCGGCGCCGAGCGUCCGGCCACUCACGGCGGACGCUGCGGCGGCGGCAGCAGCCAAGGCGUGCGUCGCGCGGGAUGUGUGCGUGGCGUCGGCGGCGUUCGCGUGGUGCCCGCAUCGCAGCCGCCUCUCCCCGCGCGCCGGCCGGCCGCACUUCGUCUACUGGUACCUCGUCCUCAUCGCAUAUUUCCCCCAAUUUCUCAACCAGAAGGUCGCCCCUUGACAAUUCAAGAUGCAAUAGGAAAAGAAUGGCAUUUUCAGUUUAGGUUUUGGCCAAAUAAUAUCAGCCGAAUGUAUGUCUUGGAGGGUGUUAUACCAUGCAUACUGUCCUUGCAAUUACAAGCUGGCGAUACAGUCGGAUAUAAUCCGGAGGGGAAACUUGUUAUGGGAUUCCGGAAGCCAACAAAUACUGUCAGUCUGCCAGACUCGCAGAUCUCAGCUAUUGCAAAUGGUUUCCUUCUCAGUGAGGCACUCUUUUCUACUGCAAAUGACACUUUGCUUAGGAGUAGUAAUUGGUUAUCCCAAAUUUCUUCAGUCAAUAAAGGGGAAUGCAGAUCUCCAUCCAAACUCUCUAUAUGAUCAUCAUAUGAACUCAGUUGAUGGGGAUGUUAGUUGGCUUAAGGUGGAUAAAUUCACCAGCAGGCAGGUGAGGGGUCUUUGCAGUUUUUACAAAAAAGAAGUCACAAUAUUGGUUCCAAAAGCAGGAGGCUCUUAAUGGAUGCUGAAGAUGCCAUGGAGCUAAAGCUUACCUGGGAGGAGGCUCAAGAGUUAUUGCAUCUUGCUCCCACUGCAAACCAACUAUUGUGAUGAUUGAGGGCUAUGAAUUUGAAGAGUUCAAUGUAAGUUUGUUAUUUAUUUCAUUGUUCAUGUUCCGGAUUAUGGAGCACAUCCUCUCUGGCCGGCACAAAAGGCAGAUCAUUGUUUAUGCAAAUACUUGGAUUAUGUUCAAUCUAAUAUAAAUGUACUGCAUACAUGCAGGAACCCGCUG